AUGGAAAAUAAUAUCCGUCAAAUAUCAAGUCAACAACAGAGGUCAAGAAGGGCCGAAAAUGAAAGGAAGAGGAGACAAAAUAUGAGCAACGAGCAGAGAGAAAACAAUUUGUCAAGACGACGUGAAAAUUAUAGGCGGCGAAAAGAGCAAGAGAAACAAGCUCAAACAUCUCGCCAUAUAAACAGUCAGUCGAGAGUUCCGUUUCAAAAUUUUACAAAUAUGACUUUUCCAAGAUCACACUUUCAAGGAACUCAUGACAGUGAAGCCGGUCCAAGUAGAAUUACACAUGUUAAUGAUGUUGCACUUGAUCGUAAUUGUACAUCACCUAAUCAACAAAACAUCACGAGUCAAUCCGAUACAGAUGAUAUGGAUGUUGAUGAAGCUUUAGAGGAUGCAGUAAUAUCAUAUGUUAACAUGGAUGCCAGAGAAAAUGGUGCAUUAUCACGUCGUCCUCAAGAAUCAGGACAUGCUUUUCGAGCAAAGCACAAUAUUGCUCGAAAUUUCAAAAAUAAUAUGAUGAUGGCAAAAGCCCGGUUGCCUCAUCCAUUUACCUGUAGACACUGCAAUGCAAGAUUGUUUCAUCACGAAUCACGUGAUACGUGUUGUAAUGGUGGAAAGGUAUCAUUCUCACGAGUUGAUGCUCCUAUAGUAUUGCAACAAUUAUUUUUGGAUGGUUCAGCUGAAGGAAAACAUUUUAGGCAACAUAUUCGAAGUUAUAACCAUGUGGUUUCAUUCACUUCAAUUGGUGUUCAUGUUGAUGAGAAAAUUCUUGCAUCUGGUCGUGGUAUAUACACGUUUCGUGCUCAAGGUGCUUUUUACCAUAACAUAGGAGGUUUCUAUCCAAAUGAGGGUGUCAGACCGCGUUUCUUACAACUAUACAUCUACGACACCGAUAACGAGCUACAUAAUAGAAUGCAGGAAAAUCCACAGCUGCACCAAAAUGUAGUUCACAAAUUACAGAAAAUGCUCCAUCAGUUUAAUCCUUUUGUAAUUAGGUUCAAGCAACUUUCAAUACUUCCAAAUAUCAGUGAAUGUAGCCUCAUACUUAAAGAGCGUCCACGUAAUCACCAUCAAUACAAUCUUCCAACUGCUGAACAAGUUGCGGCAAUUAUUGUUGGAUGUGAUGCAGAUUCUUUGGAUUAUGGAAGGGAUAUUAAUGUCAUUCGUUGUGAUGGAAAUCUCAAGAAAGUUCAAGAGACAAAGGGAUAUUAUGAUCCUUUGCAAUACCCUGUAUUGUUUCCAUUUGGGACGCAUGGUUGGGACAUCAACACAACAAAUUGCAAUGGACGAAGAGUGUCAUGUCGAGCAUAUUACAGUUACAUGCUUCAAAUUCGCCCAAAUGAUCAAUCAAUGUUGUUAAAUGCGGGUCGACUGUUGCAACAAUAUGUUGUAGACAAUUAUGUCAAAAUUGAAUCAGGGAGAUUAAGGUGGAUUAAAGAGCACCAAAGUGAUAUACGUUCUGAAUUGUACCAAGGUUUACAUGAUGCUUUGCAUGUUGGUGAAACUAAUGCAGAGAACAUUGGAAAAAGAACAAUAUUGCCAUCAUCAUUUAUUGGCAGUCGUCGAGACAUGACACAACGUUAUGAAGAUGGCAUGGCUAUUGUUCUUAAUGGCGGUAAACCAGAUAUUUUUCUAACAAUGACAUGCAAUCCUUCUUGGAGUGAGAUAACAUCAGAACUUUUGCCUUUUCAAACACCACAAGAUCGUCCAGAUUUGCUAACAAGAAUAUUUCGUUCGAAAUUUGAGAAAUUGAAGGAUGAUGUUAUUAAUAAAGGAGUCUUGGGUAAAGUUAAAAGCUACAUGUAUGUCACUGAAUUUCAAAAGCGAGGACUGCCGCAUGUGCAUAUGUUAUUGGUCUUAGAAAGUAACGAUAAGUUGCGUGACCCAAAAGAUUAUGAUAGUAUGGUAAGAGCAGAAAUACCUAAAUUAGAAUGUGAACCACAGUUGCAUGAAGCUGUUGUAAGACAUAUGAUCCACGGACCUUGCGGCAUAAUCAACCGAAAGUCUCCAUGUAUGAAAGACGGACAUUGUAAAAAAAGGUAUCCCAAACAGUUCUUGGAUGAAACACGUCAAGGCACUGACUCAUAUCCCGAGUAUAGGAGAAGGUUUGAUGAGUCUGUAUCGUUAGGUAAAGAUAGGUCUGUCGAUAAUAGAUGGGUGGUUCCUUAUAACCCUUGGUUACUGUUAAAGUAUGACUGUCACAUCAAUGUAGAGAUUUGCAGUAGCAUUAAAAGUAUCAAGUAUCUAUACAAAUAUGUGUACAAGGGCCCUGAUCGUGUGGCUAUGGAGGUUCAUAAAGGAUCAUACAUGGAUGAAGUUCAGCAAUAUGUUGAUGCAAGAUGGAUUUGUGCUCCCGAGGCACUAUGGAAAAUAUUUUGA